AUGGCGGUUCUGGAAGAUUACCAGAAGGCUUCUGGUCAGAGGAUAAACCGUCGGAAGAGCUCUUUCUUAUGCUCAAAUAAGAUAAUGUCGUCCAGGAUCAGGUCCAUCUCUAACUUGCUAGGCAUAAACAGGGCCGGGGGAUUUUUCUGCUAUUUGGGGGUGCCGCUGGCAGUGGGAAGGCUGAAAGUAAGAGAUUUUCAGCCCGUCAUAGACAAGGUUGAGGGGGCUGAUGGGAAAAGGAAACUCCAUUGGAGAAGCUGGGAAGCAAUUACCAGACCGAAGACGGAAGGGGGACUAGGAAUCCGGAAACUAUCAGAAGUAAUGCAUGCAUUUCAGAUAAAGAUGGCUUGGACUUUGAAAUUUCAAAAGGACUCCAGUUUUUGGGCAGUGUUCAUGGCGGCUAAGUAUGGUACGAUGCAGGACUCGACCUCAACAAUCAACGAUAGAGUCGGCUCUCCAACCUGGAAGAAAAUGAGGAACUUGAUGCCUUUUCUAAAUGAAAAGGUCCAAUGGAGCAUUGGAGAGGGGGAAUGUAGAUGUUGGCAAGAAAAUUGGACCAGUCUUGGUCCUCUGCAAAAUUAUGUGUCGGGGGACAUUCUAGAAGAGAUCAAAGAUUUAAAGGUGAAGCAAAUUUUAGGUCCAGCAGGACCUCUCCCUCCAACAGUGGUACUCUCGAUGCUUCCUCAAUAA